AUUCACCGAAAUACCAAGAAAGAUGGCCAAGGCGUUGGGGAAGCUCUGAAUGAAGAAGCUUUUGGAGUCGGAGUGGUCACCAGAGGAUCCCAUUUGCUGAUACCAACUGGUUCUGUUUACGCCUCUGCCGAUGACUUAACCCCAAAGGAGAUCUCGCAGCAAAUCGCUUUGGAUGCGUGGAUAUUUUUCUCCUCCCCCAAUGGGGCCUCGUUUGAGGAGUACCAAGAAAGUCAUCUCCUGCAGUUUUCUGCGAUAAACAGCGAGGCUUUGCCCAGAAACGUCCAUUUGCUCACUUUGGAGCCUUGGGGAGAUUCAACAGUGCUCCUGCGACUGGAAAACUUCUUCGGACAAGAGGAUGAAGACCACUCUGAUAUCGGGUUGGUGAACCUGCAGGACUUAUUCACCUCGUUCAAGGUGCUCAGUUUGAGGGAAACCACUUUGGGAGCAAAUCAGUACCUGCAGGACAACAACAGGAUUCGAUUCAAUGUUGCGGACGCUAAAAGCCGCAAAAUCGUGCAGGAAGACGACGAUUUCAUCGUUAUACUAGAGCCGAUGCAGAUUAGGACUUUCAUCCUAAAAGUUUCCUAUUAGAUGUUUUACAACUGAUCUGGAAUAAAGGCGUUUUGCGGUU